ACAUUCAUAAAUGUUUAAUUUGUAUAUAAUGGGUGUUAUAUUCGCUUACGCAAAGAAUGGGAAAUGUUAUUGGUGUUGACUGCAGUUACGCGUCCAAAAAACUAUUAGACAGGUUUUUUGUUACAGUAGUAUUAACCAACAAAGAUGAUGAAAGAUGUUUUGAUGGUAGUUUGGCAAACUGUCGGUUUAUUUCAUUCUGCGAUUUGCCAAUACCAAUUACACAAAAUGGCAACACAUACCGUUUUCUAACUGUGGAUUCAGAUGAUGCCGAAACUGCGAUCCAUUUGCUUUCUAACUACCGUCAUAAGGUAAAACGCGUAACAUUUUGUGGUUCCCCAGCCACUUCUAUUUUGACUACUGUGGAAUCCUUAUUACCCAAUUCGGUAAUCAGUGAAUGUGAAUAUGAAACUUGUUUGCACUUAGGGAAGUCUUUAUUUGGUCAUUCUGAAGGCAAUCUUUUUUCUGUUGACGAUGCAGGGAAUUUGACCGAACUGAACGAAGCAUUUAUCAAUGGCAAAGGGCAUAUACAUGCCGCCGUUCAUUCCCAUGGAUCUUAUUUUUUGUAUCCAGGUGCUAAUGAGCCUUAUUCAUAUUUAUGCCACUCUGUCAUUGGAUAUUCUGCGGUGUUUGCUAUCUAUAAUAUGUUUCUUUUGCGCUACGUUAGCAAUGAAGCAUCUAGAGUAUACAUAUCGGAAAUAGGUGAUCUCGCUUCUCGUGGUUCUAGUGCUUCUUGUGACAUGCUUGUGGAAAAUAUAUAUGGCGGUGCUUGUGAAUCGAUUGGUUUAUCUGGGAAAAUGCUGGCAUCGUCAUUUGGGAAAUUACACAAAAGACCUGAAUUAUGGAUGGAUAAUUCCUUUGCCGAAUCCAAGAGUGAGCAACACGUUCCAGCUUCCCACCCUCAUAGUGGAUGCACCCCAAAUCCAAAUGAUUUAAAUGAAUUGCAAACGAAACAAAGCGAUGCGAAUAUAAUGGACGAUCAUAAUGCUUUCAAUUUGUCAUGUAAUCCUGAAAAUGAGGAAGACGAAAACAGUCAUAUUAGAAAUUUGAGAGACUAUGUAAAAGAGGAAGACCUAGCUCACAGCCUUCUGAAAGUUGUGGUAAUUAACGUCACCCAAAAUGCUUGUUUGCACGCUAAAAUUAAAGGCGUAGACAGGUUACUAUUCUCGGGGCUUCUUUUCGAUUCGCAAUGGUUUCGUCAAAUGGCCAAAUCAUACGUAAACCGUUGGUCUAAUUGUUCUUUUACAAUGCUGGUAUACAGCAAUUCCGAAUUUUUCGCAUCACUGGGUGCGUCUGAAUGGGUUCCUAACAUAAAUAAUUGAUAAUAUUUUACUUUGUAUAGAUGUGUAGAGCCACGUUUUCUGUCCCCGUUUAACUCAGCAGUAGGGGCAAUCCGCUAUAUAUGUACAUCCAGUAGACAAUAUCUACGUGCUUCAAUAUUU